GGUUUACACCUGGGAUGUGCAGGGGGCGGAGACCCGGAGGGAGACAGCCUUAGUUCCCUCCCCUGUUUGUCAGGAGCGGUGCGCACCACCUCUCCGGAACCCGCGGGUCUCCGGUUGCGGUUCCGGUCGGAAUUAGCCGGCGGUGCACGACGACAUGGCAGCGUUGGUAGUGAGAGGUGUUCGGGGCAUGCUGAGGUGUGCGGAGCUCGCCACGAUCCCGCGGAGAUAUCGGCAUAAGAAGAAAUGGGCUGCCACAGAGCCCAAAUUUCCUGCCACUCAACUGGCUCUGCAGAAUUUUGACAUGACUUACAGUGUGCAGUUUGGGGAUCUUUGGCCAUCAAUCCGGGUCAGUCUCCUCUCAGAGCAGAAGUAUGGCGCACUGGUCAAUAACUUUGCUGCCUGGGAUCAUGUAAGUGAUGAGCUGCAGCAGCUGAGUGCCAGGGACUUUGUGAAUGAAGCCAUCUCCCACGGGGAACUGGAGCCUGAGAGGGGCCAAACUGCAGCUCCAUCCCCAGCCUCCUGGGCCUACAGUCCAAACCUUCGGUGUUUUACUUUCGACAGAGGGGAUGUCAGUCGUUUCCCUCCUUCCAGGUUCAGCAGUCUGGGUGUCAUGGACUACUAUCUGAUGGAUGCUGCCUCCUUGCUGCCUGUCCUAGCCCUUGGCCUGCAGCCUGGCGACACUGUGCUUGACCUAUGUGCAGCGCCCGGAGGAAAGACACUAGCAUUACUGCAGACUGGCUGUUGCCGCAAUCUUGCUGCCAAUGAUGUCUCCACCUCCCGAACAGGCAGACUGCAGAAGGUCCUUCACAGCUAUGUGCCUCAAGAUAUCAGGGAUAGAAGUCGAGUUCGAGUUACCUCAUGGGAUGGCAGGAAGUGGGGAGAACUGGAGGGUGAUACCUAUGACCGGGUGCUGGUGGAUGUGCCCUGUACCACAGACCGCCACUCCCUUCGUGAGGAUGACAACAACAUCUUUCAGCGGUCAAGGAAGAAGGAGCGGCAAAUGUUGCCCAUGCUGCAGGUGCAGCUUCUUGCGGCUGGACUCCUUGCCACCAAACCGGGUGGCCACGUUGUCUAUUCCACCUGCUCACUCUCACACUUACAGAAUGAGUAUGUGGUACAAGGCACCAUCGAGCUCCUGGCCAAUCAGUACAGCAUCCAGGUUCAGGUGGAAGACCUGACUCACUUCCGAAAACUUUUCAUGGAUACAUUCUCCUUCUUCCCAUCCUGCCAGGUUGGGGAGCUGGUCAUCCCAAACCUCAUGGCCAAUUUUGGGCCUAUGUACUUUUGUAAAAUGUGUAGGCUGACAUAGCAACAGCCUGUUACUGAAGCCCUGGUGUAGGAGACACCAGAAACUGAGACCAGUGGCAAAGAUGUUCUCUGAGUCCUAUCUCCAUUCUGCUCAAGUCUUCCUACAGACAAUUUCCAGUUAUAGGAAGUAGGAGUUUCUCUGUCCUGCUGUCCAAUUGUGGAACAUCAGCAGGUUUCUUACUUAUUAUAGCCCCAUCUCCAAGCCUGUGCUAACGGUUCCCACCCCAUUAGGGGCUUAGGAAUAUGAGCCAGUGAGCAGGCCUACACUUUAAGCUAUAAACUUGGAAAGAAGCAUUUAGCCAAUAAAAUUGUUGAAGCUCUGUAGAGCUAGGGCUUUUAGUUUUCAUGUCAGUCCAAGUACCGUUAGUUCCAUUUGUACCAGCUGCUGCUACUGAGCUCGAGUGCCAGGUGCCCAAAGCCCAGGACCUCAGCCUGGAUAUAAGCCUCUGGUUACCGAGCCCCUCUCAUACGUGAGGUGAGUUCUGAAUGAUCCAUCUUGAGCAGCCAGUGGACCCAAAAAAGUCUACCUGUUUUCUCCGUAUAGCCCACAAUCUAAUUUAAGGAACAGCAACUGAAACUGUUAAGCCAAUGCAUAAUAAUCAGCUUACUUACACCGAGAGAGCUCUCCAGAGCUGAAUAAUGCCAGCUGUUCCUCCUGCUACCAACAGCACUGCUGCCCAAAUGUGGCGGGAAGCUGCUUCUGCCACAGGGUGUUUCUUCAUUAUUCAUCUAGCAAGUGUUCCUUGAGCUCCUGACUGACGGGUAGUCAGGGAGCUGCUGGAGAUGUAGCAGUUGGGAUUGUGGGAGAUAAGGAGGACUCCUCAUCCUUUGGAAUGGCAGCUCUCCUCCUUUUGCUUUUGAGCACCUAGGAAUUCCUAAUAUCUUGUUUUGUUAUAUUUUGUUUUUGGUUUUGUUCUCUUGUUCUUGGCCUGCAGCUGAGCUCUGGUGUCAGUUCUUUGGCCCACCCCCAAAUCCCUCAGAGCUCUUCCCCACCAUUGUAGGACUUCACCUCACAGAGUGUGUGAAGUUGGGGGCAACAUUGUUUACUGAAUACUUGCUAGUAAUGUUGUUUUAUAACUUUUUUGCACAAAGAAGGCAAUCUUUUAAUAACAGGGAUAUAAAACUUUUUUUCUGAAAAACUGGUCCUUGGGCAGAAAACAGUAUGUAAUUUUAGAUGCUUGAGUUCUGAGUUCUUCCCACUUUACUUAGCCCUCCUCUACCUCUUUCUGUCACUCCCUUUGUUCUUUAUGCUUUCCCUGCUAAUCCUAGUUUGGGUAUUAGAGGUGUCAGCUGAGAAGGAUUUUAGAUGAGUUUAAACCUUCUCCUUUCUUAUAAUUGGCACUCUGAGGGCCUUGGAAGGCUUUCCAGACUCAAAAUCCAGCGAAGCUAGGAAAAUAGGUUCCAGGGAGUAGGGCCCUGUUUAGCCUCUGUGUGUGGUCUGUGGUACCUGCCUGCUGUUUACUCUGCCCUCAGUAUCUACUGAGGCUGGGCAGCCUCAGGUGCCUGGGCUUCUGCCCUUGGCCUCCUAGGUAUACAGGCUGGUUUUAAUUAAAUGCUAAGCAGUGAUUAUUCAAGAGGAGAGGAUCUCCUGCCUGUGUGAUCCCUCCCAGUCUUAAUUAGGGACAGAUGAAACCAGAUAAGAAAAGCAGAGAACUACUUUGAAAAACAGUUUAUCUUCUAUAAUUAAACAUUAACCUACCCUACAACCCAGUUAUUCCAGUACUGGGAAUAAGUCCAAGAGACACUCAUACAUGUGUACCAGAAGACAUGUACAAGAAUGUUCAUAGCAAUCCUGUUCACAAAAGCAAACCCAAGUGCCCAUGAGCAAGAGAGUGGAUAAAUAAACUGGAACAGUCACACAAUGGAAUAUUAUAUAGCUGUCAAAACAAAUGAACUAUAGUGACUCUUAACAAGAUGGGUGAAUCUUCACAAUAAAAUAUUAAAUGAAAAAGUUGAGUCCCAAAAGAUUAAAUGUAACAUGAUGCUCUUUUAAAGAAAAAAACAAAAACAACUUUUUCUUUUUUGUUAUUACUUACCAAAUUUAAAAUUUAUCAAUUUUUAACAUGCUGUUUAAGGAAUUUUGAUAAUUGUAUAUAAUAGCAUAGCCACCAUCACCAUCAAAAUACAGAAAAUAAUUCUGUGGAUAAAGUGAAGGUUCCUGUGGCUAGGAUUCUCACCUGGCCCUGGUUGACUAGCUCACUACACACGUGUGGACGGUACGUCAUUAUUGACUAUAUAAAGAGCCCUGCUCAGUGCUCUGGACGACACGGUGGUAUGGCUGGCUGCAAGGCUACAGGAGAGCAGAGCAGAGGCUGCAGUGAUGGCAGCACCGAGGACAGAGACUGAGACGGCUGUGCAGACAGAGGGACCCAGAGGCAGAGACCGACUUGCUGAAUGCAGGCUCGCUCUGAGUGGAUGGGAUUCAAGUGAUUGAUCUGCCACCGUGGAGAUAAAGUUGGGUAUAACCCUUUCACCCCAAGAAUGUUCUACUGUCAUUUCUUUGGUCACAUUGAAUCCAUAGUGAACUUGCCUGGGGCUGAAACCCAUUGGCAAGACAAAUUCUAUCUCCUAAAUAGUUUCCUUGUGCUCCUUUGCACUCAGUACCUUUCUCCUAUCCCUGGUCCCAGGUAAUUAUCAACCUGCUUUCUGUCACUGUAGUUUUACCUAUUGUAGAAUUUUAUAUUGUGAAAGAUAGAGUUGAUUUACAGCUGGAUUGCAAAAGCUCUAUCUUUAUUUGAAUGUCUGGCUUUUCAGUCUUGGCCAAAGUAAGGGCAUUGGUAUUUUCAAUGUGCAAUUUAAAGUCUAAAGCUCCUCUGGUGACUCCCAGUAUCACUUUCUUUACUGGUGGUUUACAACUGGCUUAACUGGUUACAUGUGCCUGGCUUGAUUAAAUGGCCAGAGAAGCAUUAAAAACCCUGUUGGGAACUUCUAAUCUGAGCUCCCCCCACAGCAAAGAUUCCUCACAAAGUUCGUGGUGAUUAGAUGCAAAGAUAGAAUGCUUACUUCACAUCCUGAUAACACUUGGUAUUAAGUUUUAUUCUAGUGGUGUGUCUUGGUGUCUCAUUGUGGUUUUAAUUUCAUUUCUGAUGACUUGAUGUUAUAAAGUUACAUACAACUAAGAAUCCAAAAACAUUUUUAAAGAACAUAUAAGCAGUAAAGCUACAUGAAAAGGAAAGAAUGGUUCUCACUGUGGGUUUCAGAAUAGUGGUUCCCAAAGGUAAGGGGAUAGGAUGGGGCUGGAGGAACGUAUAAUUAGGUCAGGUUAUUGUCAAGGUUCUAGCUUUCAUAUUUGGUGCUUAUUACAUUAUCAAGACAACUAAAUUAGUAAAAAGCUAUGCACAAAAGUAUGUUGUGCAUGAUGAAAGUAUGUUGUGAACAAGGAUUAUGUUUAAUCCAGUUUUAUGUACCUAAUGUACAAAAAGAUAGGUGUGGGUAAGAACCUAGCCCAAGAGUGUAGUAGUGCCAAAUAUGGCUUGAUAAGAGCUGUGGGAGGGGCCAUAUCUAGAAACCUGAAAGCUUAGCUAUGUUGUCUCAGUAUUGCUUAUGAGUUCCUUUUUCCUUGUGAAAUAUAAGAGCCCAUCCUUGGCAGAGGACCAGGUGUUGGGUCAGCCAUGGGUUACAGUAGAAAGAGCUUGGUCUGUGAUUUUUACCUUUUGGGAGUCACAUAUCUGUUUGACAGACUGGUAAAAGCUUUGACCUCAGGAGAAAAAACAACAACCCACCUUUGCCCUCUCUGUGUUGCUGUAGGAUCAAGUCCAAACUCUGCCCUGGCCCCUGGUUUUUUAUUCUGUUUCAUCUCUGCCAUCCCUACUGCUCCCUUCUCUCACAGUUUGUUUAUCCAAGCAUAACCUCCCCCUGGCCCCCUGCUCCAUGUCUCUUUGACACAUUGUCUUCUCUGUCUAAAUGCCCUUUUCACUCUGUUUUUCUUGCUAGCCCAAAUUUUCACCCCCUCCAGGAGCAGUAGGGGAUGGUAGAGAUGAAACAUAAUCAACAACCAGGGGGCCAGGGCAGAGUUUUGGACUUGAUCCUUCAGGCAACACAGAGAGGGCAAAGGGUUGUAAGCAGGUGAAUAACAAUGUCAGAUUGGGUUUUUAACAUGUGUCAGUAAUUGCUGUGUAACAAACACCCCAUAACAAACCACCCCAAAACUUAGUGGCUUAAAGCAGCCAUUUUAGUUGCUCAUGAUUCUGGGCACCAGCAAGUUAGGCUGGUCUUGACUGGGCUCACUCAAGCAGCCUGGGUCAUGUGACCAUUUAUUUGCGGUAGAAGAUCUAAUAUGGUAUCUAUCACAUGUCCCCAGCAGGCUAGCCUAGGCAUCUUCACAUGGCAGUAGAAGAGUCUCAAAGUGAGAGUGGAAGCUGAAAGGCCUCCAAGCUGCUCAGACCACAUUUUGAGGUGACAUACUAGGAGGUACAUUGGGAACUUAGGCGUAGCAUGAGGAGGGUGGCCAGAAUGGAGAGGAAAGUGAAAAUCUCAUCCUAGGAAGAAUUGGGGGAAUGGGAUUAUUAAGCCAGGAGAGGAGAGGGGAAGACUUGAGGAACACAGAUGCCAUCUCUUAAUAGGACUGUUCUGAGGCAGGGGGGGCAGAUGUGAUUUGAAUGUCCCCAGGGACAUUCAAAGUUGUAGUGAGCCAGAUUUCAGAUCAACAUAAUAAACCUUAAAACUGUUUAAACAGUUACCUUUCCUGUGGGGCCCUUGGCAGAGUUGCCUUCUCUACCUCCUCUGCAGUUAGGCGUGGCCAGGUGACUUGCUUUAUGAAAUAGUAGUGGAAGUGGUGUUUUCUUCCAUAUUUCUGGAUAGAAGCUUUGAGAUGGAACAUCAGAUUUGUCAUUCCCACCAGAGUGAUCAUGGAAAUAUUUGUUGAGAUGGAACCUACAUCAGCCUGAGUGCCCAUGACUGUGUUGAGCAGAGCCCGCUGUGGACGUGCAUCAGACAUGGCAAGGGAGAGAAAAAUAACUGUUGUAUUAAAGCCACUGAGAGUUGUAUUGUUACUGAAGGAUAACUUAGUCUAUCUUGACUAAUAAAGCAAGUGUAGACCAGCACCUCAUUUUUAGUGAAAAGGAAUAAAGUAGAAAAUACUAGAUGCAAACCAGUCUACCAUUAAUGACAGACAGUAAAUCAGUGAUUGUCUAGGCAGGGCUGGACCAUGAGGAACCUUUGGGGAUGAAGGAUAUCUUGAUGGUGGUAGUGGUUUCACAGGUAUAUACAUAUGUAAAAAAAACUCAUCAAACUGUAUGCUUUAAAUAUAUGUAGUUUAUUAUACACCUAUUAUAUCUCAAUAAAGCUGUAAAAUACA